GUGCAGUGUUUUAAUUAGGAACUAUUUCUAUGUAAUUUUGUACUUGAAGUGAUACAGUGUACUUAUAGUGCAGACCGUGUUAGUGUUGUGAUGGAAAAUAAUUGUUAGCACAACAUCACGUAUAAUGUCGAAAACUCUAAACGCCUACAGAAUAAAGAAGAUCGAAUCGCUAGGCAGGAUGACGGCGAUGACGCAGGAGGAGAUGGUGGCCGGCGCGCGCACGGUCGCCGCUGGGCUCGAAGCGUUGCGGGCGGAGCACACGCAGCUGCUGGCCGGGCUGGCGGCCAACACUGAGCACGAGCACGAGAAGGUGUCUCUGGUGCGGAAGAGCAUCGAUGCGAUUGAGCUCGGACUGGGAGAGACACAGGUUAUGAUCGCCUUAGCCUCGCACUUGCAGUCCGUUGAGGCUGAGAAACAGAAGCUUCGUACCCAAGUCCGUCGGCUCUGUCAGGAGAACGCUUGGCUCCGUGAUGAGCUCGCGGCUGCCCAGCAGCGCCUACAGGCCUCUGAACAACGGGUUUCACAGCUGGAAGAGGAGAACAAGCACUUGGACUUUAUGGCCUCUAUACGCAAAUACGACAGCGAUAUCAACGAAGAGUCGGAAACCAGUCGCAGUGGUCAGGGCGACAACAAGCGUGACGAUCCCAUGGUCGACCUCUUCCCCGACGACGACCACGAGGAUAACAGGAAUAAUAAGUCCAUGUCGCCCACGCCGCCGUCGCAGUUCGCGCAGCAGGUGAACGCGGGCUACGAGAUCCCGGCGCGCCUGCGCACGCUGCACAACCUCGUCAUCCAGUACGCGUCGCAGGGCCGCUACGAGGUGGCCGUGCCGCUCUGCAAGCAGGCGCUCGAGGACCUGGAGAAGACCUCCGGCCACGACCACCCCGACGUCGCCACCAUGCUCAACAUCCUGGCGCUCGUCUACAGGGAUCAAAACAAAUACAAAGAAGCCGCCAAUUUACUGAACGACGCUCUCUCCAUCCGAGAGAAGACCCUCGGAGAGAAUCACCCCGCUGUUGCCGCUACGCUUAACAAUCUCGCCGUGCUUUAUGGAAAACGAGGCAAGUACCGCGAGGCGGAGCCGCUGUGCAAGCGCGCGCUGUGCAUCCGCGAGGCCGUGCUGGGCCGCGACCACCCCGACGUCGCCAAGCAGCUCAACAACCUCGCGCUGCUCUGCCAGAACCAGAACAAAUACGAGGAGGUGGAGCAAUAUUAUCAAAGGGCGCUGGAAAUAUACGAGAGUAAACUUGGCCCCGACGACCCCAACGUAGCCAAGACCAAGAACAAUCUCGCCUCUUGUUACCUAAAACAGGGUAAAUAUAAGGAAGCCGAAACUCUGUACAAACAAGUACUGACAAGGGCUCAUGAGCGUGAAUUCGGCACCAUCGAUGGCGACAACAAGCCGAUCUGGCAGGUGGCCGAGGAGCGCGAAGAGAACAAGCACCUGCAGAGGGAGAACGCGCCCUACGGGGAGUACGGCGGCUGGCACAAGGCCGCGAAGGUGGACUCGCCGACGGUGACGACGACGCUGAAGAACCUGGGCGCGCUGUACCGCCGGCAGGGCAAGUACGAGGCCGCCGAGACGCUGGAGGACUGCGCGCUGCGCAGCCGGAAGGAGCACGUCCCACCUCAUGCUCUGGACAUCGUCAAACAGGCGCGAGCGCGCAGCGGCCGCGCGCCGCGCGCCGACGCCGACGCGCUCGACGAGGGCACGAACCAGGCGAGUGAGCCCCGCAUGAACCUAAAAUCGAAACUGUUCAAUGCGCUAGGUAUCAACACGGGGAGCAAUGCGCCGCACCAGUAGUCUAGACUAAGCCUUAGAUAUCUAGGAUUUAAUUAUAAGCACUCACUCGCUUCUAUGUGAAUGCUCCUCGGUCUAUUCGCUCCAAGUGUCGAGAUGAAUAUCGUAAUUUUCAAUCUCAUGAACACUUGUGACGGGGCAUAUUGGCUCAUUAUUUUAUGAGAGGAUCAUUCAUGUCUCACACUCAAAUUUUGCCCGCCUAUUUGUAUUUCGUAGUUAGAGUUACACAUGAUUGUUUUUUUUUUUUUGAUUGAACAAGUGUUGUAGUAUCACCGAUACAAUAAAAGUUUGGUCAUAAGGCGCUUUUCAGAUUAGAUAUUGGCCGAUGAAAAUCAAAAUGGCGGGCUGCCUAGCUUAGAAUAAUUUAUUAGCAUGCGAUAGGGAUUAUAAGUUUUAAGAAAAAUUACAAAAAAAUAAAAAUAUAUUAAUAAAAAUAAUAUACGAACGAAAUGUGUGAUAGGAAGUUAUUAUUAAAGCAUGUAUAUUGUAUAUUGUAUACCGUCCCGCAGAGAUAUAUGUAUUAAUAUUAUAUACAAACAUAUAUAACAUAUAUGGUGCAAGAAAUAAGAUAUAAAUAAAUAUUUUGAAAUGUUUUAAUAUCAUGACAUCCUAACAGAUACAGGGAUGUAUUUUAUAUAAUCGAGUGUAUAAUAUGCUUUAGAACUUUAAACACACAUAUUAUUAAUGUGUAUAAUUAAUCUUUAUACAUAUUUGAUACGGUGAUACCUGACGCAUUUAGUUUUAUGAAAAUAUAAACUCUCGUAAAACUCACACUCGGGUCAGAGAAUCUAAAAUAUAUUGCAUUUAUUUAAUUGUGUCGUGUCUGAAAUAUUUAUUAUUCUUUGUUGCAUGUGGAUACAACGAUUUUUAUUUUAUUCGCUUACAAUUUAAUUUUCUUUUUUUUAUAUUCUGAUAAUUGUUAUGAAUGUAUAAUACUAUCCUGUAUCGGAUAAUGCAUGGAUGUAAUUUUUAUUUUAAAAUUAAUCAUGCGUAUUUUAUUAUGUUCUACCAAUAGUAUUUUUUUUUUAAUAAAGUUAUGCUUAACUCAUUCCAGUGUAGCGUAUGUUUCGGUCUUAAGCUUUAUGUGAGAGAUAGGUAUAUAAAUAUUUUAGUAUUUUUUUAAUAAUUUUAAUUUUUAUCUAUACGAGGGUGCUGCUUGGGAAUGCCAAUUAUGAUUGUACACGUUUUUAUUAUACAAAACACACAAAUUACGUCAUUAUUAUUGUUUUUUUUUUUAAUAUCAUUUUUAUUAAGAAUGAAUCUCCAUCGCAAAAAAUCCGUUUCGAGAAAUAUAUUUGAAAAUUUGGUACUUUGUUUAACAUCGCGUUGUCGAAUGGUAAUUUUAAUUGUUAAUAAAUAUUUAUGUAUCAUU